AUGGCAAAUCAAAACCCAGCCCGUGUGGUGCUCAUGUUGGUUGGAUUGUGUACCUUUUUAGCAUCCAUCACGUUCAACUCGCUUUCAGGAUUUGGUUCCAGAUCAGUUGUAUUCAAGCAGAGCAUAGAGGAUGUGACACUUAAGUAUACAACACAGAUAACUCCUGCUCAGUGGACUUUUUUCGUGUGGGAUUUCACAUACUUUUGGGUUUUGGCCAUGUAUAUAUACUUUUUACUUGCGCUCUGCAGAAGGAAUGCUUAUGACUGGAUGUACACCAUGCCAGCAGUGCUACCCUAUGGAUUUCAUGUCUCUAUUAUAAUCAGCCUUUGUUUGAACAUUACAUGGCUGUUUCUUUAUGACAGAGAAUUGUUGCUGCCAACACUGAUAACCUCAGUAUUGAUGAUGCUCACCGAUUACAUUAUCCUAUUUUUCUCUUGUCAUGGUCUGAAGAUCUAUGGAGCCUGGUUGAACAAAUACCACAUCACAGACCUCUGGCUCUUCAGAAUCCUGGUUCAAAAUGGAGUGGCAGUGUGUGCAACGUGGGGGACCCUCUCUGCCUUGCUGAACCUGACGAUAUAUUUGCAGUAUCAGGCAGAAACAGCGAGAUGUGACUGUUCAAUGCUAGCACUGACGCUGCUUCUGAUGGAGCUGCUGGUCUGGUUUCUGUUAGAGAACUUCUGCUUGGAUAAGCACGUGCGUUAUGUUGUGACAUGCUACCCUGUGGUAAUCCUGUGGUUAACAGGCACCCUGAACAACUCAGAAUCUCAGGGAAGUUUCAUUUACAUCUUUGCAGCUGUGAUCCUGAGUGCUUCCUGUAUCAUGUUUGUGAUUCGUAUUGCUCUUGUCACAUGGAGGCAUCACAAAGUUCCACUUUACAAAGACAGCGAACCGACUAUGUCACCGGUUGAAAUAGCCUUGAGACAAAGAAAAGUCUUUCUAUGAAUACUAGCUUGAAUAGUUACAAUGUAAGUUUUUGUUCAAGUGUUGUGUUGGUGUUUACAUUUG